AUGAAUGAGCCAAGGCUCAACGUUGAUCUUGGCAUCUACGCCUCGGCGCUUCGGACUACGUUACCGUACAUGCUACAAAUAAAUCUACCUGAGCCCACGUCACCUUGCAUCCGACGCGGCGGGGGAUGGCAACAACCUUCGGUCGACGAGACUCGGACGCAGCAUCAGCCCGUGGCCCAGCUAUCAACCGUUUCCCUGGCUCGUCCAUCUCCGUCUCUUGCUCCUCAAUGCCGACGUCUUGAUCUCCCGCCCCAAGUCGACAACACCAUGGCAUCAGCUACAUCCUCGACGCCGUUCUCCGUCGCGGGCAAGACGGCCAUCAUCACCGGCGCGGCAUCUGGCAUCGGUUACUCGUUCGCCGAGCUCCUCGUGUCCAAGGCCUGCAACGUCGUCAUCGCCGACCUCGGCCUUCGCCCGGAAGCCGAGCGGCUCGUCUCCGAGCACAGCGACAGGGCAAGGAGCCCCCGCGCCGUAUUCUGCAAGACAGACGUCACGUCUUGGGCCCAUCUCGACCGCAUGUUCCGAGUCGCCGUCGCGGAAUUCGGCGGCUUCGACAUCGUGUGUCCCGGGGCCGGCGUCUACGAGCCGCUCUGGUCCAGCUUUUGGCACCCGCCGGGCUCCCCGGAGUGCAAAGACGGCGUCGACGCCGGCGGCUACGCGCUCCUGGACAUCAACUUGACGCAUCCCAUCCGCGCGACCCAGCUUGCCCUGCAGCACUGGCUCGGCUCUCGCGAGACGGGCGCCGACGCCCGCCGGUCCGGCUCCUCCGUCGACGGCCCGAAGCGAGUCGUGCUCAUCUCCUCCAUUGCCGCGCAGGUUCCGGCGCUCCAGGCUCCGCUGUACGUGGCGUCGAAGCAUGCCGUCUCCGGGUUCACGCGGUGCCUCGCCGAGCUCGACCCAAUCUUGGGCGUCCGCGUCACUGCCGUGGCGCCAGGGGUCGUCAAGACGCCGCUCUGGACCGACCACCCCGAGAAGCUGUUCCUCCUGGACCGAGACAAGGACGAAUGGGUCACGCCCGAGCAGGUUGCCCGGGUAAUGCUGGACUCGAUGGAGAGCGAGAAAGUCGGGGGCGGAACUGUGCUGGAGGUUGGCGCGCAAAGGACCCGACCCGUCCAGGUGUACAACGAUCCUGGACCGGAUUUCGGCCCUGGCGGCGGCAUGACAGUCAGCAACUCGGCCCAGGGUGACGAAAUGAUCAGGACUUGGCUCCGAGACGGGAGGAUUUGGGCCGUCCACGAUGGCGCUGCCGAGUAA